CGUAGUAACUUCCUGCAACCUUUGGAUAGCAAAACGCUCUGCAUUUCAGCAGGCACCAGCUGAGUGGAAGACAACAAGUUCACAAACUCACAGAAAAGCCUCUGUUUGACUUCCAAGACACGGGAAUAUCCAUCCGCAUGACCGGCCAAAUUCACCUGCCAGGAACCCGACGGAGGCAGCUGGUGACCAUGGGCGGCAUGGUGUGGCGUUCUGUUCUGGUGUUGUGUCUCUGCGGAGCCUGUGUCGCUGUGGCUCCUUCUAGUCCCACUGCUCAACGGACUCAACUCACAGAGGAAGACACAACACCUAGUAACAAGUCAGGGUUAAAUGCUGAGAGCGACCCGGCAGCUCAGAACAGCCAGGCGACCAUGGGCUACCUGGCCGCGGGGCUGGCCACGGCGGUCGCCACCUCCCUGGUGGUGGUGGCCGCCGUCAGGUUCCGCCUGUUCCACCGCUUCCUGGCCAGCUACCGCCACUCGCUGCUGCUGGAGGCGGACGGCGUGAGCCAGUACGGCCAGGAGGGGGCGACCUACCCCAGCGCGGGCGGCGGGCGCGGCGGGCGCUCCGGCGUCCCCGAGGUGGAGAUGGAGGAGGACGACGACGGCUUCAUCGAGGACAACUACAUCACCGCCAGCGACCGGCAGCGGGCGGAGCGGCAGUGCCGGGUGGAGGUAGAGGAGGACAGCGAUGAGGACCUGGAGGAGUUCGCCAUCGGGUGAUGACGACGGAGGAGGAAGGGGCGUAGCCAUCGGGUUAUGACGGAGGAGGAAGGGGCGUGGCCAGCGGGUGAUGACGGAGGAGGGAGGGGGAAGGGGCGUGGCCAGCGGGUGAUGACGGAGGAGGGAGGAGGAAGGGGUGUGUCUAUCGGUUGAUGACGGAGGAGGAGGAAGGGGCGUGGCUAUCGGGUGAUGACGGAGGAGGAGGAAUGGGCGUGGCCAUCGGGUGAUGACGGAGGAGGGGGAAGGGGCGUGGCCAGCGGGUGAUGUGAUACCGUAACCCACACUGCUAUGUUUUGCCUUCAUCUGUUAUUGGUAUAUUUUUAUCGACUUAAUCAGCUGAAAUUAAAAUAUUCUUGAGGGA